GGAUGAGGAUAACACAUGGGCCUGCUUGUAAAGGAGCUGUAUGGGGCCUCCUCUGCAAUCUGCACCAGCAAUGUCGUAUGCACAGCUCAUCCUUUCCCCUCUGAAAGGAUUUUACAAGUUAUUUUUCAGGGUGAAGAAAUGGAGGCCACUGGUGCUGAAGCUACGUUGUCCCAGGUUAAAGCUGUUGAUGGAGAAGAUAACAUUUUCCAAGAUAAGGAAAGUAGAGCUACUGCCAAGGAGCGUGGGGAGGCAGCCUUGUUUGGUUUGGAAAACACUGCUCCAAAUGGAGCCAUAAAUCCUGCUGAUCUUGCACCCCCAAAAGAUGCUGUGGAUGAGUGGCCUGAACCUAAGCAAACUCAUUCAUUUUUCUUUGUUAAAGUUCGUCCAUAUGAGGAUCCUAACCUGAAGAUGAAACUUGAUCAAGCUGACAAGGAGUGCCAGAAAAAGAUACAAGCUCGAUCCCAUAUUUUUGAGGCCUUGAGGACCAAGAGGAAUGAGCGAUCCAAUAUUAUAUCCGAACUGAAGCCGUUGACUGCAGAGAAUAAACAAUAUAAUGUAGUUGUGAGUGGAAAAUUGAAGGAAAUAGAACCUCUUCAAAAGAGUUUAGGCAAGUUUCGUAGUGAAAACAAUGCAAUGCGUGCACAAGGGGCAGGUUUGUGCUCAUCAAUUGAGGAGCUUGAUCAGUUGAUCAAGAGCUUAAAUGAUCGGAUUUGUCAUGAAAGCAUAUCCUUAGACGAGGAAAAGAGAUUGGUCAAAGAAAUAAAACAACUUAACGGAACCCGGUCAAAGGUUGUUGAGAAUGCUGCUAAGAGAGCUAAAAUGCAAGAUACAGUUGGUGAGAGAGACACAAUACACGAUCAAGUCAAACAAAUUGGCGUGGGCAUUGAUGAGGUUAAAAAGGAGAGACAAAAUGUUAGAGACAAGAUUAAGGUUCUUGAAGAUCAACUCCAUGCUGUUGAUGAUGAAAUUGCUGCACUUCAGGAUGAUCUUACUGCAGCUACUGCUAGAAAAGAUAAAGCAUUUGAUGCUUUAAAUGAAUUGAGAAAAACACGUGAUCUUAAUAAUGUGUCCUUCCAUCAAUACCGCACAAUCUCAAACAAUGUUAGAGACCUUUCAGCCAGGGGUGAAGUAGAAACAGUGCAGCAGCUCUGCCAGAAUGAGGUUGAGAAUUUCAUGGCACAGUGGUUUAGCAGCAAGUCGUUUAGAGAGGAUUAUGUGAAGAGGAUACUCAUUUCUCUGAACAGUCGGCAGCUGAGCAGAGAUGGACGAAUGAGGAAUCCUGAUGAGAAGCCUAUCGUUCUGGAAACACAAGUGGCACCACCUGCGGAACGGGAGCCUACUCCACUGAAAAAGCCUGUGAAGCAGGCAAAGGAGGCUCCAGCUCCACCUGCAGAUAUUCCUCCAAAGGAUGAGAUUCACGUCAAAGCGCCUGCAAAAACUGCUAAGGCCAAACCAUCCCAUGAGGUUGGUGAUAUUCCAGAUGUCUAUGAUGAUGAGGCACCGAAGGAGAAGACAAAACCUAAAGUAGUAGAUGAAGCAAAGUUGAAAGAAAUGAAGAGACGGGAAGAGAUCGAAAAGAACAAGAUGGCACUGGAAAGGAAGAAGAAGCAGGCCGAGAAACAAGCAAUGAAAGCAGCAGCACGAGCAGAAAAAGAAGCUGAGAGGAAGCUUAAGGAGAAGGAGAAGAAGGCCAAGAAGAAGAGUGCAGCAGCUGGAGGUGCCGAGUCAGAGGAGGCAGCUGAAUCUGAUGCCAAGUCUGAUGAAGCAGUGGAACCUGAGGUCAAGGGAGAAGAGCCAGAAGCUCCUGCAACAGUUAAAAAAGAACAAAAGAAGAAUGCCCCGCAUAGAAAUACGUUGACGAAAACAAAGGCCCCUCUUCCAAAGGCAGUCCUGAAGAGGAAGAAAUCCCAGUCAUACUCAUCAUGGAUUGCACCCGCAGGAGCAUUGGCAGCUGUGCUUGUGGUCCUGCUUGGAGUAGUGGUUUACUACCAGCACUACUACUACCUUCCAGCUAGCACCAGCAACUGAUGAAGAGAGUGCUCUGGCUGUGAUCUAAAAGUGCCUGCCUGAUCAAUUUUGCGUAUGACUAGAGGCAUGAUCUCUUUUGGAGGACUCAUAUGUGGUUCUUAUUGAAGUUUUUACUCGGUGAAUGCUAGAGAAGGAUUAUACAUUCAAUUUUGGCUGGAGAAUGGUUUUUCCUUUACUAUACUGUAUGUUGGGAUCAGUUGUAGAUGAAUGGACAGGUUGCCGUAUGAAAUGAAAUAAACAAAUAAUGAUUUUGUUGAUAGA